AUUUCAUGCCAAAAUAGUUAUUGGUUACAAUUAUGAAUCCUCUUAAUUUCAUGCCAAAAUAGUUAUUGAUUACAAUUAUGAAUCCUCUAAUUCAAACUAUUUCAAAAUUUACAGAAUCUAAAUCCCCCUUACAAAUAGGAGCCAAUCUAGGCAAAGAAACACACAACAACAACAAAGCCAUUGGAUUCCAUAUCCAAGCAAACACAUUAUUCCUCCUCCUCCUCCUGUUUAGCCAUGAAUAGAAAGAAAGUGAGGCUUGCUCUGAUUGAAAGUGACACUGAGAGGAAAGCCUCAUAUAAGAAAAGAAAGAGAGGGUUCUUGAAAAAGGCUCAAGAACUCAACACCCUUUGUGAUGUAGAAAUUGCUACCAUCGUCUAUAGUGCUUACCACAAUGAACCUGAGGUGUAUCCAUCUCAUGGUGCUGCUAUGACUACCAUUAAAAAGUUUAGGGAGCUGCCUGUGACGGAGCAAACAAGAAACAUGGUGACACAAGAAGAUUUCACUAAGCAAAGAAUCAAGAAGUUGGAGAACCAAAUUAGAAAGGUAAGUAAAGAGAACAGGAUCAAAGAAUUCACUAACAAGAUGUAUGACAUAUUGGGUGAAAAAGAUAUUCCUACUGAUAUGCACCUUUAUGAUCUCAAUGAUCUGAAGUAUGUGAUCAACCAAAACCUGAAUCAAGUACAUGAAGCGAUGAAAGUGAAGGCAGGCAGAGAGGGUCUCACAUCGAAUGACCCUCAACCAGGAUCGGCGGUUCCUGGUGGGACCAACUUUGAGGGGCCAAGGGUUCCUCUGUUGGUCUCUCAUGUGGCUCCAACGAUGGUUCCUAGUGAGACCAACUUAGAAGGCCCGAGGGCCCCUCUGUUGGUCCCUCAUGUGGCUCCAAUGUCAAUGGUUCCUCCAGUGGCUCCAACGGUGGUUCCUUCAUCCACUCCUCCUCAAGUGUCACUACCAAUGUUUCAUCCGGUGGCUACUUCGUGGGUUCCUCCUAUAAGCCCGUUGUGGGUUCCUCCUCCUUCUCCAGCUCCCCUAUUCUCUUCACAAUUGUUUCUCUCAAUGGUUCCACCAUUGUAUCCUUCAAUUCCUCAACAAAUGGCUCUUAGAAGGGCUCCUAGAGCGGCCCCUCCAAUGUCUCCAACAACAACGAUUCCUACAAUGACUUCUGCGUUGUCUUCUUCUAUGUUUCCUCCGAUGACACCACCAAUGGCCCCUUCAAUGAAUAUUCACUCCGUGGAAUCAAUGCCGAUGAGUAGCUACCAAAAUUAUUCCUAUGACAUUCCACAGAGUUCUGAAUUAUCUGAGGUGUUGUACUGGGAUGAUGAUGUAAUGGCUUUUCUUGAUGAUCCAUCUUUCGACGACAUUAAUGUUCAAGAUCCAAAUCACAACAACGAUAUCUAAGGAUUUAGGACCAACAUUCGUCUCGUUCAAUAUUGUUUUUAUGUCCAUGUCGUCCCAUGGACUGUCUGUCUAUUUUACUGUUUGCAUGUCUAAGUUGUUUCAUAGGACUCUCCACAUAUAUUUCCCUUUGUUCUCAUUCGAAGUGUCUAUUUGUUCUCUAUUAUUUCAUUUUUUUUUCCGGUCUAUUGUUUCGUUCACUUAUUAAAUCUAUGAUCAAUACACCUCUAUAUGAGUAUUUUAUAAUUCACAAUACAACAAAAUUUGUAUUUUUUUUUGCCAUACCAUAUUCAAACAAGUAAAGCAGCAGUAUCCUCUUGAAACAUGAGUUCUAAGACUCAAACAUCAGCAACCUAUAGAGAAAAAUUAUAAACCUAACCUUUUUUUUGGAUUUGGGAACGUGCUGAGCGGUCUCUAAUAGAUUUAAGUUGCUAGCGCUUUGCGAUCAAUUACUCGAACGAAACAGAACCAAAAAUCAAAAUAAUGAGUAAUGAACAGAAAGCUGAGAGAAUAGAAUGAGGUCUUGAGAGGGUAAAGAACAUAGUAUUUAUAGUGAGAGAAUUGGAUAAUUAAAAAUGGUUGGAGAAAUAAUUGAUAG